GAGCCCCUUGCACACUCUUGCACAGGAUGUCGUCCGGCCUACCAUUAUCCCUGGCUAUUUUCGUCUCUCUUCUCGCUGUCGUACACUCUGUGUGCGCCGCCCCUUUGGGGUCAGCUAUUCCGCUCUCCUCGCUGUCGCCGAGCAGUCUCGCCUCUGCCGCACCUGUCUCUGCGACCGUCGCCCCUGCUUCUGACGACCCCAACGGCAUUUUGUGGACCGAAACCAGUGAUGUCAUGCCCGAGCCCAUGCGAGGCACCCUCGGCUCAAACGUCCUCGGUCCCCAGAACGUUCCCAUCGACCUGCAGAAUGCGGACCUACUCGCACCACCGACUACUGAUUCCGGCAAUGUGGGGAAUUCCAAAUGGCCGUUCAGUCUCAGUCCUAACCGUCUUCAGACGGGGGGAUGGGCAAGGCAGCAGAAUAUCAAUGUGAUGCCCAUCGCUACACAGAUGGCCGGAGUCGAUAUGCGUUUGGAAGCUGGGGCUAUCAGGGAGUUACACUGGCAUUCGACUGCCGAGGCACGUUGGGCUUACAUUCUAAACGGCUCUGUGCAAAUAACGGUGCUUAGUACCAACGGUCAAAAUUACCUAGCUACCUUGAACCAAUCUGAUGUCUGGUAUUUCCCCCCCGGUGUGCCACACUCCAUCCAAGCGACAGCAGACCUACCAGAAGGCGCCGAAUUCCUGCUCGUCUUUGACUCGGGCGAUUUUAGCGAAGACUCUACGUUCCUGCUCACCGAUUGGCUCGCGCACGUGCCGAAGGAGGUCCUUGCCAAGAACUUCCAGACAGAUAUCUCGGCCUUUGAUGAAAUCCCAGGAAAGGAGCUGUACAUCUUCCCAAGUGACCCCCCUGCCGACAACGCGGUAGCUGUGCCAAGCCCACAGGGCACCGUGCCGGCGUCCGAGGCUUUCUCGUUCGAGUUUUCCAAGGUGCCCAGGACUCCAUUAGCUGGUGGCUCUGUCCGGAUCGUGGAUUCGACGACGUUCCCGAUUGCCCAGACCAUCGCUGCCGCUGAGGUCACCGUUGAGCCGGGCGCAAUGCGAGAGUUGCACUGGCACCCUACACAGGACGAAUGGAGCUUCUACAUCGAGGGUACCGGGCGCAUGACUGUCUUUGCCGGCAGUUCUCAAGCCAACACGUUCAACUAUGGACCUGGUGAUAUCGGUCAUUCUAAUGCACGGACAUCAGGUCAUUACGUUGAGAACACGGGCACGACGCCACUGCGCUUCUUGGAAAUUUUCAAAUCCAAUCGCUUCCAGGACAUCAGCCUCCAGCAGGUGAGUACCGUGGCUAACAUCGUGCACAUGCGGCUUACUCACGCUUUGCAGUGGCUGGCUCUUACACCACCCGCGCUGGUAAAAGCUCAUCUCAAUCUCGACGACCAGACUAUUGCCAACCUCAAUAAGACGAAGAACACCGUUAUUGGGCCGUCCAAAGCAUCGUAGCGGAUAACAUCUUUGCGGACUCAUAUACCAUGUGUAAUAUUCCCGUGUAAUUAUACCCUCUCGCAUUAGGAGACUACAGCGAUUCUCGCGAACUUGAGUAUGCUUGCUGGAAUAAAGGUUGUCACGGUUGCGGCUGCGAGAUGUCGAA